AGGGGCCCUCCUCGGCUAGUUACAAUACACGCCAGGGCGGCCGCGGGAGGUAUUAAGGGGGCAAUUGUUCUCCUGAUUGCAUGGCCUUUUAUGCCUUUAGAUUUCUCGUACAUGUACGUACUUGCCCACUCGCCCGGAAAAAUCCUUGCAAAAGCCCAUUCUCAGACAGCUACACCUAAGGUGAGCAAACUAGGCUAGAGUGGAGCUAAAGGCGAAUAAUCGACUAAGGUUUACUAAAUCAGCCUCAAGCCAGCUACUUGUCACCACACCAGCAGGGGAGGCCACAUACACCCCAUGGAGGCGAGACGAAACUCCAAGCGGAGAAAGUCCCUUUCAAGCGGAAGCAACAGACCCAUCAGCAAAGAGGGGCGGUCCGACAGGUGGCUAAGAGACGACAAUUAAGAUUUUGAGCCUUGCUGCAAGAAAGACACGGCCUCUGCUUUGGAAACCCCAACUCCUUAAUCCUACAUGUGGGAUUAGCUGCAUGUCUGAGGUGGUGAGGGAAAGACAUUCUUCACAUGCUCCAAGAAACGGGGAGAAAGGUCACAAAUGUCUUCAAAGAACACAUUGUCAGAGCGUAGGCCGGGGCACCAUGGUCGAUCUGUCCAUUAUGAUGAAGUGUACCUAGAUUCUCCUUCACAAGAUACUGAAAGGGAUUUUCAAGAUGCUGAACAGAUACUGAAUGCAGAUCCCUUGCCGCCACCACCUCUUCCUUUGCAACCACCCUUUGGGCCUGAAUUUUAUCCAAGUGACAGUGAAGAACCAGCUGGAAUCUCUGAUCUCAAGCCGGUAAGAAAAUUCAUUCCUGAUUCAUGGAAGAACUUCUUCAAAGGGAAAACAGAAUGGAGUAAGCCAGUGUCGGCAAUUUCUGAUGGAACGGAAUGUUCUCCACCAUCAUCUCCAACACUUACCCCAGUGCAAGCAGAACAUACUUCAGCUCAAAGUUCUUAUCAGGAUCCGUAUGGAGGGUCGGGAGGAACCUACAAUUCACGCAAAGAAGCUGAAGCCAUGCUUCCUCAGGAUCCCUACAGCUCUCUGGAACGGCAUACUCAAAUAGCUCUGACUUACAGUGAGAAAGUAGAAGCUUUUAAUCUGAGAUACUCUUACAUGAAAUCGUGGGCAGGGCUGCUCAGGAUUCUGGGUGUUGCUGAACUUCUCUUGGGUGCCGCUGUGUUUGCCUGUGUCACAGCUUACAUUCACAAGGACAAUGAAUGGUAUAACACAUAUGGCUACUCACAGCCAUAUAGUUAUGGGGCAAGCAGCAUGUAUGGAGGCUAUUACUACAGUGGGCCUAAAACCCCAUUUGUUCUCGUUGUAGCGGCACUUGCUUGGAUAGUGACUAUUAUACUUCUUGCACUUGGCAUGUCAAUGUAUUACAGGACUAUUCUCCUCGAUUCUAACUGGUGGCCUUUAACUGAAUUUGGAAUCAAUGUUGCAUUGUUUAUUCUAUACAUGUCAGCUGCUAUAGUCUACGUAAAUGAUGCUAACAAAGGAGGACUCUGCUACUACCGGUUAUUUAAUACACCAUUGAAUGCAUCAUUUUGUCGUAUAGAAGGGGGACAGACAGCUGCAAUGAUCUUCUUGUUUGUCACAAUGAUUAUAUAUCUAAUUGGUGCAAUGGUAUGUCUAAAAUUGUGGAGGCAUGAAAGUGCACGAAGGAUGAGAGAAUUCAUGGAACAGGAGAUGAAGACACAAUCUUUUCCAUCAAAAAGAACGUAUGAAAAUGAAGAUGACAGUCCCCAAAUAGCAAUAAAUACAAAGAAACUCAAGCCUGUGGAAAUGAAACCUGAACUACUCAAUGGCUAUAUACCAGCAGGUCAUAUUCCUAAGCCUAUAGUAAUGCCAGACUACUUAGCAAAAUACCCCGUAAUUCAGACAGACGAGGCAAGAGACCGCUAUAAAGCUGUAUUUAAUGAUCAGUUUGCUGAAUAUAAAGAGCUCUCUGCUGAGGUACAGGCAGUCUUAAAGAAAUUUGAUGAGCUAGAUGCACUGAUGAGGAAGCUUCCUCAGCAUCCUGGAAACAAUCUUGAACAUGACAGAAUCGCAAAUGUUUUGCAAGAAUAUAAAAAGAAAAAGAAUGAUCCUUCAUUUCUAGAGAAAAAAGAACGAUGUGAAUACCUAAAGAACAAACUUUCUCACAUAAAACAAAGAAUUCAAGAAUAUGACAAAAUCAUGAAUUGGAAGACUUAAGAUAACCUUAACUGUCUGCUGUGGGUUUUGUCCAUCUUUAAAAUUUAUUUAUUGCCAUUACUGUAUAAACAUUCUUCUGUGAAAUCGGUUACUUAUUGAUUUGAUGUCUUCUAAAACCUUGUGAACUUUCAAAAGCCUUACAUAUUGACUGAUUCUGAACACAAUAUAAAGGGUGGGUUUUAGGGUUUUUUCUAUUUUAUUUCACUCCUGUACAUUUUAUAAUUAUUUGACUCUUAGUCUUUCAUCAUGUAUAGAUAACAUUUAAUGUGUGUGCCUUCAGUCUGUUUAAAUUGUCAUUUUUAUCAUUUAGAUGUAGUAUUGUGUUUUUGGGGGCGUAUGUGUAAAUAUUAUUAUAAAAAUGACUUUGAUGUGAAAGGACUAUCAUGUGAACCCACUGGCCCAAGGACUCCUUCAGAGGUAUAGAAGUGCAAUGGUGGACUGUUAUACACACAACACACUUAGCCAUCCAAGAGAUGUUCAAUACUGUCAGCUUUGAUAAGGCUCCUUGGAGGGGUGGUGAGCCAAAAUCAACCACCAUUUCCUCCUCUGGAAAUGCGGGUCCUCAGUUCAGGCUUAUCAUCCCCCAAAUCAGAUAAUCAAACUCAAGUGACAGAGAAAUCAAACUUUGUUGCUUUUCUGGUUCUCUGUGAAUAGGGUUUCCAGUUAAAUUCAAGCAAAUGAAUGUUCAACAUCAGAUAAUGGACACAGAUAUCCCACACCUGGAAUCUUGUGUACAGCACUGUUUUGCACAAGAGGGAUCAAAAUGGAAACCUGCUUCUACACACAAGAUGACCCUUGGUGUGUCAGACACUAGGGAAUUAUAUACAAGUUUUCAGUUCAAUAAUAUAUUUCACCAGGUUCAGCACUUUAGCAACUUAACCUUUUUUCCUGCCAAUUUAUAUCCUGCAUCAUGUGAGAACCAUUAAAUUGCUGAUUGGUGCUGUUACUGCUGAUAGGACCAAAAAUGUCUGAUAGGAAAGAGGGCUGAAUCCAUGCUUUCUUCCCCCAUGUAACAGAUUGCUGCCAGCCUUAAUAGAUUCAUGUGCAGAAGAUAGUUUCUGUGUGUGUGUUGCAAUUGCUGGAUGAGGGUGACCAAACAACUUUCUGUUUCUACUGGAAAUAAGUUUUUGUCUGUUAGAAAAUCUUGGUGAUUAAUAGUAUUUGCCUGACUAUAUUCUGUCGUACUUUUAUAAAUGAAAAUGUUUAUCAUAUUGUGCCCCACUUUUUCUAAAAGAAAAUGAUAAUGUGCCUAUGACAAACUUGUACCAUUUGUAGUGCUUUUAAAAUGCAGGAAACUCGACUGCAUAAAUGCACUGGAACUGCUUGUCUUUUGUUAAUUACAUUGGAGAAAUCAUGAAUGCUGUACUCUGAAAUAUGCUUUUAGAUUUCAUAAAAUGGCCUGUAAUGGAACAUUUUAAAUAAUAUAUACUUCAGAAUAUUUAUGGGGCAAUUAUUUAGAAAUGAACUGAAGCCUCUUCUUUUUCACGUUUCAAUUUAACUUUUCAUCAAAACAUUUAUAGUCUCUAGAAUUCAGAGCUGUUAGAUCACUUAUAUUCUGUAAUUAAAAGGAUUGAAGCUGCCAAGACUAAAGGACAAUGAUUGUUCCAUAAAUUAAAUGUAAAUUGCUGAGAGAAAACAAGUAUGUAGCCAAUUGACCUUAUUCCUGCACUGAUAUGGCAAUAAGAUUGGAUGAGAUUUCUAGUAAAUAAUUUCAGAAACAUUAAUAUUAAAUCCUCUUCUCUGUCUCUCA